GUCCUCCAUCUCAUUUUGCCUCACGCUUCUCUCUCUGCGUCACCAUCGCAAUGAACAGGUCCUCCUUGCGCUCUGAAGCGUGGAACGGCACGGAGCGUAUGCGUGUUGCCAGGGCGAUGGGUGAGUCAUCAUCUGUCCAAUCUGAGAAGCUUCGCUCAUUGGCUUGCUCGCUCUCUGAGAUGGGGUUGGAUAAUGGAAAUCCCCCGGGCUGCACGAAGCAGCCUACCACGGAGCCCAGCAUAGAGCUUGGUAAAGGAACAUUCUUUGCAGACGGCCAGAGGAAGGUGGACUAUAUUCUGUGCUAUAACUAUAAGAAGAGGAGGAUCUCCCUGCAUCGUCUCUCCCUCACCUCUCAAGCAUCCAAUGGGAGCCUUCCGCUACCCAGCAUGCUGAGACGAGAUACGCAGCCUGAGCUGGAGGCAGGGUUGCCAGAGGGGGAGGAGUCUCAACUGAGUGAGGAAGAGAAAGCUAUGAUGAGGGAGGAGUUUGAGUCUGGGCUGUUGGAGCAGGGCCUGCAGCUGGAGAGAGACAAGGAGUCUAGGUCCCAGGGUAUAGGGUUUAUCCGGCUGCAUGUUCCCUGGGCGACGCUGAGCAGAGAGGCUGAGCUACAGAAGAUCAAAGUGCCAGUCAAAAAGAGUUAUGAGUUGCGGCAGCCUCAGGGCAUCGCUGGGAAAAUAGCAUUGUUGUAUCAAACCCUGAUCAAACCCUUCCGACCUGAUGUCCCAGAAACACUAAACACACAAUCCCACCAGAACCGAACAAAGACCCUCUCACAUCCCUUCUCCAGAGACAAGCUACACCUGUUUGAAAUCAAGUCACAGGACAUUCUAUUUGACUACUCCGUACGCAGCAGAAUAGUCAAGGAGAUAUUGACACGCACCGCCUGUACACAGACUUGCCAAGCCACUGGUAUCUCAUCGUUAUUAGCUACUGGUGUCUAUAACUCUGCCUUUCCUCCACACGAUGGGUCAUUCACCAGGAAAGGAGGGCGGGAUCAGAGGAACGACAGACAGCUCCUAUAUGAGGAGUGGGCCAACUAUGGAGUGAUGUUCAAAUACCAGCCAUUGGACCUAAUCAGGAAGUAUUUUGGGGAGGCGAUUGGUCUGUACUUUGCCUGGAUGGGAGUUUACACACGGAUGUUGGUCCCGCCCUCUCUACUGGGCCUUAUAGUGUUCCUCUAUGGUGUCCUCACUGUCAACACUAAUGUGCCCAGCCAGGAGAUGUGUGAUGACAGUCUGAACUUCACGAUGUGUCCACUGUGUGAUGCGGUGUGUGACUACUGGAAGCUGAGUUCAGUCUGUUCGUUGACUCGAGCCUCUUACCUGUUUGACAACGGAGCUACCACCCUCUUUGCCAUCUUCAUGUCCCUCUGGGCUGCUUUUUUUCUGGAGCACUGGAAGAGGAGGCAGAUGUGUCUGAAACAUGCCUGGGAUCUGACCAGUCUAGAGGACGAGGAGGAAACCCCCAGGCCAGAGUAUGAUCAAAUCCUACAAGAGAAGAGACGGAAUAAGAGCGGGACAAAAAGGAGGAGUGAGCUGGGUGGAGUGGGGUAUGGCGAAGCAGAGGAGGGAGAGAAGGACAAGAUGCUCUCACAGAGGGAGCAAGAGUCAUUGACUUUGGAGGAUCGGUUGCCAGGAUACAUGAUCAACGUGUCCGUCGUUCUAAUGAUGAUGGGGGUAACGUUUUCCGCAGUGUUUGGAGUGAUCCUGUAUCGUAUCACCAUGCUGUCUAUCUGGUCCAUGAACCCAGACCCUGAGGCCAAGGCCUCUGUUAGGAUGACCGUCACCACCACUGCCAUUAUCAUCAACCUGCUUGUUGUAUUGAUACUGGAUGAGAUCUACGGAGCUAUCGCUGUCUGGCUGACUAAACUGGAGGUUCCUAAGACAGAAGCAGAGUUUGAGGAGCGUCUGAUUUUGAAAUCGUUUCUGUUGAAGUCCAUGAACACCUUUGCUCCUGUCUUCUAUGUGGCUUUCUUCAAGGGCAGGUUUGCUGGACCUCCAGGGGACUAUGUCUACUUGUUUGGCCACUUCCGCAUGGAGGAGUGUGCCCCACCAGGCUGUCUGAUAGAGCUGUGUAUCCAGCUUAGUAUGAUCAUGUUGGGAAAACAACUCAUCCAGAACAACGUGUUCGAGAUUGUUAUACCUAAGCUAAAGAAAAUGUACAGAACAUACAAGGAGAAGGAUAAAGGAGGAGAGGAAGAUGAGGAUGAGGAGGAGACGAAGAGGCCAAAGCAACAGUGGGACAAAGACUUCUCUCUGGAUCCCUAUGAGGGGCUUAGCCCGGAAUACAUGGAGAUGAUAAUCCAGUAUGGGUUUGUCACCAUCUUCGUGGCAUCGUUCCCUCUGGCUCCUCUCUUUGCUCUGCUCAACAACGUGAUUGAGAUCCGCCUCGACGCUGCCAAGUUCACCACAGAGAUCCGUCGCCCAGAUGCUGUGCGCUGCAAAGACAUAGGAAUUUGGUUCAACAUUCUCAUUGGAAUCAGCAAGUUUUCUGUCAUUACAAAUGCCUUUGUGAUCUCGUUCACCUCUGACUUCAUUCCUCGGACGGUGUACCAGUACAUGUACAGUCAGACUGGCAGUAUGCACGGAUUCACAGAACACUCCCUGUCCUACUUUAACGUGUCCAACUUUGAGGCUGAUUCCUCCCCCUCCUCUACACUAUUUACUGGAGUCACCAUAUGCAGAUAUAAAGACUACAGGGAUCCACCUUGGGGAGCUCAGCCCUACUCCUUCUCUAAACAGUACUGGUCUGUCCUGGCAGCUCGAUUGGCCUUUGUCAUCUUCUUUCAGAACCUGGCGAUGUUCCUGAGCAUGCUGGUGGCCUGGUUGAUCCCUGACGUUCCUCGUUCUCUUAGAGAACAGGUCAGGAAAGAGAACAUGUUGCUGAUGGAGUUCCUUGUUCAGGAUGAACAGGAGGCCCUACGCUCCAGACUUCCACACCGCUCCCCCACACGACAACCUGCACAAACACAUAACACACACUCACACAUUGACAUAGUGGUGGAGGGGUCAGUGGGAGAAGAGGGGGAGGAGGAGGAGAAGAUGGACAGAUCAGGACAAACCCUGGAGAGCCCAGAUAGCACUGACCCAGCAGAAGGAGGAGAAGAAGGAGGGGGAAAAGAUGGGAGAGGAGAAGAGGGGAAAGAAGAAGGGUCAGAAGAGCAGAGCGAAGGAGUGGGAGAAGGAGGAGAAGGAGACAGAGGAGGAGAAGGGCCAGACCAGGAGGAAGUCUCCGUUGUGGACCUGGACUCUGUUAUGGACCAGCUGUAUCUGUCAGACCCAGAGCCGUCCCAGAGCCUAGCUGACAUGGAGCUGCCUGUCUCUGGAGCUGCCCCACUGGAGCAGGAGGACGAGCCACCAGGCCCAGACAGCCCUCCAGCUGCCCCAGUAGGGGACACAGCCUCCCCUGAGACGCCCCUGGCCAAUACCCACCCAGCAGGCCUGAAGGCUGCAGACAGCAGGCUGUUCUCCAGAGGCCCUCCCCUCAUAGAUUCAGCAUACUCCAGGACCAAGGGCCGCUGCUCCACCCUGCCUCCCAAACAGAGAGGGCCUGAGCCAGGGCACAGCCGGCCCCGACCCAGCCACUCAACCAGCCUCACGAAGUUCCACCUUCCACCUCUACAUCCUCUGGCCCCCUCACCUUCCCCUACAAACACCCCUCAGUCACCCCCUCCCAAGCCCCUGUCUCACAGUGAACUGUUCAUGCUGAAGGGGCCUCCCAGAAGAGAACCAGGAGGCUCCAGUGCUAAGGGGCGCUGCUCCACUCUGCCUGCCCGCCAGCGAGGUCCGGAGGCUGGGGAGAGCUCGUCCAGACCGAGCCAUUCUUCCAGCUUCACCCGGCAGGAAGACCGUAUCCCCCCAUCCCCCAGUGAACUAAAACAAGACACCCCGGUGUGAGGAGAGGGGAAAUAGAGGGGGAGGAUUAAAAUUGAUCCGUCCAUCUCUCCGUCUUCAUCCACCCAUCUCAUAUGACAGCUCAGAUGCAACACUGACUUGGUUGUAGAAACCAAAUGGACCUGUUCUUCUUCUAACGCAUCAGUUAAUGGCUCAGGUCGAUUCACUGGGUUUAUAAAGGAGAAUGAAGUGGAAUAAACCAGGAUAAAAGAGAGUAGAGGAGAAUAAAGGAUAAUAAAAUGUAUUAAAGGAUAAUAAAGGAAAAUAAAUCAAGACAAAGAAAAAUAAAGGAGAAUAAAAUAGAAUGAAGGAGAAUAAACAAGAAUAAUGGGGAAUAAAGGAAAUUAAUAUGAGAAUAAAUUAGAAUAAAGUAUAAUAAACCAAAAUAAAUUAGAAUAAAGGAGAAUAAACCAGGAGAAAUGAGAAUGAAGGAGAUUAUAAACUGGGUGGUUCGAGCCCUGAAUGCUGAUUGGCUGACAGCCAUGGUAUAUCAGACCGUAUACUACGG